GUAUAUCUCCGUGUACCCGUGCAUCGUGUGUAAUGUCGGGAUCAGUUGCUGCAGCUGGUGCUUGGAUGAGAAAGUUCAAGGAGUAUUAUGUUGAAUUCCAAUCCCUGAGGGAGAAGAAGGUUCAUCAAGAGAGGAAUCUGAAUGGUGAAUCACAAUCCCUGACAGAGAUAGAGGUUCGUGUAGAGAGGUUGAGUGAGACAGACAUUGCCGAAGAAAUACAAUUUAAAACGAUGCAAUCGACCAUGGAGACACUGGUUACAAAGCAAAAGCAGGUAGAGAUGUUGCUAAAGGAGGCGAAGGAGCAGCUAAAGGAUCUGAUGAAUGAGCAGGAGAAGGAGGAGGAGAAUCCAAUGGAGAAAUGAUAACUAAUGCCUCUCUUUCCAAUAUUAUGCUUUCCUACACCCUAAACCCUAAACUUAGUGGGUUGUUUGUUUGCCCUAAUUGUUUAUUAAUUAGAUUUGGUGUGU